AUGUCAACUAUCCAAAACUUAACCGCAUUUGAUCCAUUCGCCGACACUGGUGAUUCAGAAGCUCAACCAACUAACUAUAUCCAUAUUCGUAUUCAACAACGUAACGGUAGAAAGACUUUAACUACUGUCCAAGGUGUUCCAAAUGAAUAUGAUUUAAAGAAAAUAUUAAAAGUUUUAAAGAAAGAUUUUGCCUGUAAUGGUAAUAUUGUUAAGGAUGAUGAAUUAGGUGAAGUUAUUCAAUUACAAGGGGAUCAAAGAGUUAAAGUUAGUGAAUUCUUAACUACUCAAUUACAAUUACCAAAAAAGAACAUCAAGAUCCAUGGUUUCUAA